UAUUGAGGAGCAGAGCUCUCAUAUAGAAAGAAAUCAAUAUCAGCCUUUAUUUAAAAAAAAUGUGCUACCUGUGACUAGAAACAGCCUCCAAUGGUACUAAACAGCAUGUCCAGGACACCUUCAACUUCCCAGGAGAUUCGGAUGGAUGUGUUCGACAACCCAUCCGUGCAGGGAAAGUAUGUCAAAAGGAAAAGUAGAUUCAAGCGCUCUGAUGGGAGCACAUCCUCUGAUACAACUUCCAACAGCUUCGUUAGACAGGGUUCAGCUGACUCCUACACCAGUCGUCCAUCAGACUCUGACAUCUCUCUGGAGGAGGACAGGGAGGCAUUACGCAAAGAAGCGGAGCGACAGGCUUUGGCACAACUUGAGAAGGCAAAGACCAAGCCUGUUGCAUUUGCUGUUCGAACAAAUGUCGGCUACAAUCCCAGCCAGAAUGACGAUGUCCCUGUGCAAGGCAUGGCCAUCUCCUUUGAAUCCAAAGAUUUUCUACACAUCAAAGAAAAAUACAACAACGACUGGUGGAUAGGGCGGCUGGUGAAAGAAGGAUGUGAGGUGGGAUUCAUUCCAAGCCCGGUUAAGUUAGAGAAUAUCAGACUACAACAGGAGCAGAAGAUGAGGCAAGGAAGGCUUUCAAGCAAAUCAGGUGGAAACUCCAGUUCUAGUCUAGGAGAUGUAACUGGAACCCGAAGGCCAACUCCACCUGCAACAGCAAAGCAGAAGCAGAAAUCGCAGGAGAAUGUGCCUCCCUAUGAUGUGGUGCCUUCCAUGAGACCAAUCAUACUCGUGGGUCCAUCUCUGAAAGGAUAUGAGGUGACGGACAUGAUGCAGAAAGCCCUGUUUGAUUUUUUGAAACAUAAGUUUGAUGGAAGAAUAUCAAUCACACGAGUUACUGCUGACAUCUCAUUAGCGAAGCGAUCGGUGCUGAACAAUCCCAGCAAACACACGAUAAUCGAGCGUUCCAGCACUCGUUCCAGCCUAGCUGAAGUACAGAGUGAGAUUGAGCGCAUCUUUGAACUGGCCAGGACCCUCCAAUUGGUCGCUCUUGAUGCAGAUACCAUUAACCAUCCUGCCCAGCUUAACAAAACCUCUCUGGCCCCAAUUAUAGUCUACAUAAAGAUUGCUUCACCCAAGGUCUUACAGCGCCUGAUAAAGUCACGAGGCAAGUCCCAAGCUAAACAUCUCAACGUACAGAUGGUGGCAUCAGACAAGCUGGCGCAGUGUCCUCCGGAACUGUUUGAUAUCAUUCUGGACGAGAAUCAGUUGGAAGACGCUUGCGAACAUUUGGCUGAGUACCUGGAAGCCUACUGGAAAGCCACUCAUCCAGCCAGCUGCAACCCACCCAAUCCUCUCUUGAACCGCACCAUGGCAACUGCCGCCCUGGCUGCCAGCCCAGCUCCGGUGUCCAACCUACAGGGUUCCUACUUAGUGCAUGGAGAACAAACCAUUGACUGUUCGAGCCCCGAUCGGACAGGCUUGCAUGACUAUCAGAAUGACUCUGCCAAACAGCCCCACCUUCGCUCGACAUCCUCCACGCCUCAGUACACCCAUCACCCGCGGUCUGUCUCCCGGGGUCUCUCCCGCCAGGACACCUUUGACUUGGAGAUGCAGGGCAGCCGGGACUCAGCCUACACCGAGCCAGGGGACUCCUGCAUGGAGACGGACCCUUACGACGACCCGGAGCACUCGGAGGACCCUCAGGACACCGGUGCCCCCUGGUGCGGCGUCGCCCGGCAGCAGGUCCAGCGCCAGGAGUCGUGGGGGGAGGAGGAAGAAGAGGAGGAAGAGGAGGCUGACAACAACAACUACAACAGACAGCAGAGGAGCCGGCUGCGAGCCAGAGACCACUACCGACAGAAAAACGAGGAAGUCUUGAACAGGAAACAGAGCGACAUGGAGGGGUGGAACCGUGACAUGUACAUUUGUUAAAGUGCGCUAGGGCCUAUCUGCUGCUCCCCGGGAGAAUUUGUUAUCUUGUAGUGGUGCCCGUCAGUUCUGUUUCAUUGUCCAUUCUGAAGAAGAGUUGAUAAUGUUUUUAGCAUUUGGUGCAUUCAUCUUGCCAAGCCCUCUAUCAAUGCCAACAGGGAGUUAUUGAUUGACGGUGGUCCUUCUCUGGGGAGAAGAGUUUGCAUACAAUACCAUGCCCUGCCCACCCUUCUCCCUUCGCUCUUAGUGCCUCGCUACUGGGUCUGCAGGGGUUUGGUUAUAAGGACCAGAUACGGUGCGCUGUUAACCCUUUCAAGAACUGACACUUUUGACAAAUAUGCUUGAAUCGUUUUUGUGCACCCAUCUGCAACAGGUUCAAUGCCAGUAGUACCAUGAGAUCAGUCCGCCUGACUUAGCUAGCUUUGAAUUGAGAAGCCAACACACCAGCCAAAGCCAAGUCUCUCACUGCCUGAUGGGAUGUUUGCAACUCUGUCCUCUGCUAGGUUAGCAAGUUGCUGGGUGCAAAAUACUACUGUAAACACAAAACAAAGCAUUAAAGCAUGAAUAAAUAGAUGGAAACUUUGAAAAAAUGGCUCAAACUUUUACGACUGUCCUCUGACAGUGUCCUCUCACCCACUGAUCCUCGUUUACAUGAAUUUACAAAUUAAGGGUGGUCUUGGAGGUGUGGGGAAGAGUUCCUGUGUUUUCUACACAGCUCUCAUAUUUAACCCUUUCUCUGCAUCUUUAAUAGAUGACGAGAAGCUAUUUAUUAAACCCCUCCUUCACAUGAUAAGAACCUUUCCUCCUCCUCCUCUUACUGCCAUCCCAAGUCAUUUCCAAAUUGGAAUAGAUGGGUGAAGGAUAAAAACAAAAUAAGGAACCUUUGGUGGAUCUUAAACUUGUACCUGUCAUUAAAGGGUAUUUCGUGCAGAAUCUGUCCCUCCUUUCAUUUAAACACAGAGUUUUCUGAUUACGAUUGCUGCUGGGUUCAAUGUUCAUACUGUAUAACAGGCCCACACUGAUGAGCCUGUGACGCAUUUUGGUCAGCCAGUUGUUUACAACCAAGAGCUUGAACUUCUAAAAGGCAGUGGGUCUCUUAAUGUGCAGGGGAAGGGGAGACUGAGCCAAUACUUGGCCAAUAGCCAAGCUAUGGAUUGGGACUGAGAGCGCGGCAGAGACUGGCUUCAGAGGGGAUUACUGCUCACUGCCCUUUGUAACACAGCUAAUGUCCACCAUUCUGGGUAGGUAGGACAUCAGCCUUG